AUCGAUGAUCUGCGCACGAGUUGGCAGUUCCAUUGCAAUUUUUGUAAACAAAGUUUUGGGAUCUCCUCUUGAUUCGUUAAAUUCAUCCAUUUUUAACAAAAGACAGCCAAGAUGGGUAAAAGACAGCACCAGAAGGAUAAAAUGUACCUUACGUACACGGAGUGGAGUGAGUUUUAUGGAGGGAAAAAGACCGAGUCUGCGGAAAACAACCAUGUCAAGUUCAAGCGGCUGCCCUUCGAGCACUGCUGCAUCACGAUGGCGCCCUUUGAGAUGCCCUACUGCGAUCUGCAGGGCAAUGUCUUCGAGUAUGAGGCCAUUCUGAACUUCCUGAAGACCUUCAAGAUCAAUCCCAUCACCGGCCAGAAGAUGGACUCAAAGUCCCUCGUGAAGCUGAACUUCUAUAGGAAUGCCAACGACGAGUACCACUGCCCGGCUCUGUUUAAGCCCUUCAGCAAGAACUCGCACAUCGUGGCGGUGGCCACCACAGGCAAUGUCUACUGCUGGGAGGCCAUCGAUCAGCUCAAUAUCAAGACCAAAAACUGGAAGGAUCUGGUAGACGACACGCCCUUUCAGCGCAAGGACAUCAUCACCAUACAGGAUCCUCAGAAGCUGGAAAAGUACGACAUCUCUACCUUUCAUCACAUCAAGAAGAACCUAAGGGUGCUUACGGAGGAGGAACAGCUAGAGCGGAAGGAUCCGGCUAGCACGCGUAUCAAGACGAUGAAUCUGGAGACCAAGGAAACGCUGGCUCAGCUGCAAAAGGACUACCAGCCGGCGGAGGAGGAGCCAUCUACGUCCAAGCGUACAGCGGACAAGUUCAAUGCCGCUCACUAUUCCACAGGAGCUGUGGCCGCUAGCUUCACGUCCACUGCCAUGGUGCCCGUGUCCCAGAUAGAGGCAGCCAUAAUAGACGACGAUCUGGUCAAGUAUGAGAGGGUCAAGAAGAAGGGCUACGUUCGGCUAAACACGAAUUUCGGCCCUCUGAACCUGGAGCUCUUUUGCGAUCAAACGCCACGAGCCUGCGACAACUUUAUCAAGCACUGUGCCAAUGGCUACUACAACAACGUAAUGUUUCAUCGAUCUAUCAGAAACUUCAUUGUACAAGGUGGCGAUCCCACUGGCAGCGGUUCAGGCGGUGAAUCCAUUUGGGGCAAGAAGUUCGAGGACGAGUUCAAGCCCAAUCUCACGCACACGGGUCGCGGCGUGCUCUCCAUGGCUAAUUCAGGACCCAACACCAAUGGCUCUCAGUUCUUCAUCACAUACCGCUCCUGCAAGCAUCUUGAUGGCAAGCAUACAAUCUUCGGCAAGCUCGUUGGCGGCCUAGAAACCUUGCAGAAAAUGGAGAAUAUCGAGGUGGACAACAAGGACAGACCAAUUGAGGAUAUAAUCAUAGAGAACUCCCAGGUAUUUGUCAAUCCCUUUGCCGAGGCCGUUGAGCAGCUGGCCAAGGAGCGCGAGGAGGAGGCUGCCAGCAAGGAGGAGACGGUGAAGAAGGAGGAGCAACAUAAACGAAUGAAAGAGCCCCUCAAAGUCUACAGAGAAGGUGUGGGCAAGUACCUGAAACUCCAAGCGGCAGCCAAAAAGCCUGAGACUCCACUUACCGGCGCACAAGCAGCCAAGAAAAAGAAACUGGGCGGUGGCUUUGGCAAUUUUUCCAGUUGGUAA